CGUUCCGUUCCCCCUUGAUUAUCCCACAUCUCCUUUUUCUUUCGCUGGUCGGUUAACAACACACCAAAGGGAAAAAAGAAGAAAAAAAUCCCCCAAAAUAUUAAUAGAUUUCUAUUUCAAAUCCAUUGAGUUUUAAUCGAAAACCCUAAAUUUUGUUGAAUCCGAUCUCGGACUCUUCCAUUUUGACUCUCUCCUCCAAAAUUUUCACUUGCCUCUUUCGAGAAAAUAAAGCCUCUCAUGGUCUUUAUACGAUCUUAAUCGUGGAUUUUGUGAGUGAAGUGAGUGAGGCAUGAAGCGAGAGUUGGAUUACGGAGUGGAUGGCUCACUCGGUCAAACUCGGGAGGCAGUGACUCAGUCUCAAACUCAGGCGAGUUCUAGUAGUAGUAGUUGUAAAAGAGUUAAUAAUAUUCAAGUGAAUGGUUACAUUGUAUACACUCGAGUUAAAAAGUCGAGAAUUAAUUGCCGUGUUUCUGAGAAUUCAGAUAGCGAAAAGCUCGAGGUCUUUAAUAAACCGAUAAAUGGUGUUAAAGUGUCUUUAAUUGAUGAGGAUCAGGAGAAUAAAACAUUGGCUGACACAAGUGGUGUAAACAAUAAUUUGAAUGAAGGUAGAUCGGGAAAUGGAAAUGUAGCAGGGGAUAAGGUGGUAGUAGAAAAUGUGGUUGAUGAGAGCUUAGUUGUUCGAGAUAUUGUCAAAGGGGGUCAACUUAUAGAGGCUUUGGUUGAAGAAAGCCAUACUAUUGGAGAAAAUGCCAUUGUAGGGAACCUGGUAGUUGAGGCAAUUGGAAUAGAUGGUAAGCCCGUUGUUCAAUCUAGUCAGUCCAUGGAUGAACUCGAGACUUGUUUGGUAGAGAAAAGAGGUUUUGACAGUAGUGACGCUGAUGAUGAUGAUUUACUCUUGAAGACCCUGAGGCGGCCCAAGAAAUCGUUAUUGAGACCAAAGGUUGAAACAGAAGAAAGUUUGGUGUGCGAGGAGCAGAAUGUUGAAAAUGUGUUAGUUUCAAAUUCUGGUGGAGAAGAAGCAGCUGAAGAAAGUGGAUUGACGACUCCUAGGAAGAAUUUGGAGUUGAAAAUGUCAAAAAAGAUCUCACUUAAUAAGUGCCCAAUGACUGUUAAAGAGCUCUUUGACACUGGUUUACUUGAUGGGGUUCCAGUAGUUUACAUGGGUACAAUUAGUAGUAAGACAGCUGGUCUUCGGGGCAUCAUUACAGAUGGAGGAAUUUUGUGUUCAUGUUCCUUGUGUAAAGGGCGCAGAGUUGUACCGCCUUCCCAAUUUGAGAUUCAUGCUUGUAAACAAUACAAACGAGCAGCUCAAUAUAUCUGCUUUGAAAAUGGGAAGAGCCUACUUGAGGUGUUGCGGGCAUGCAGGAGAGGACCUCUGCAUACAUUAGAAGCAACAAUUCAAAAUAUCAUUAGAGCUGUACCUGAGCAAAAAUGUUUCACUUGUAGAAGAUGCAAAGGAUCAUUUCCUGUAAUACAUGUUGGCCAAGUUGGACCGCUUUGCAAUUCAUGUGUGGAGUUGAAGAAAUCUCAGUGCAUUACAAUGAGUUCACCCAGUGUUGGAACCAGAUCACAAGAACCUGUUUCAAUGUUGCAGUCCUUUGUAAGUGCACCAUUGAGUAUCUCUCCACAAAAUAGAAGUCAAAGGAAGAAAGCAAGCAAGUCAUCGGAGCUAGAUUUGACAUCAAGUUCACCUCAGUGUUCUUCAUCAUCUAUUUCUUCACAAAAUAGACGUCCAUGGAAGACAACAAGAAAGUUAACAAAGCCGGGGUUAUUCACAAAGUCCCUGAAGAGUGCUCCAGUGCAUAUUUCCUCGCAAGAUAAGGGCCAAUGGAGAACAAAAAAGAAGGCGGUGAAACCAGUUUUGAUGCCAAAGACAUUCAAAGGUGCCUCAUCACCAAUUUAUUCUCCCAAUGGAAGUCAAUGGAAGAAAACGACAAAGGAUCAGCAAUUGCAUAAGUUGGUAUUCGAGGAAGAUGGACUGCCUGAUGGGACUGAAGUUGCAUACUAUGCCCGUGGACAGAGAUUGCUUGAGGGUUACAAAAAGGGCUUUGGGAUAAUUUGUCGUUGUUGCAAUUGUGAGGUUAGCCCCUCACAGUUUGAAGCUCAUGCUGGUUGGGCUUCUCGUCGGAAACCCUAUGCGCACAUCUACACGUCUAAUGGGGUGUCUCUGCAUGAACUGGCAAUUUCUCUCUCAAAAGGUCGCCUUUAUUCUGCGAAGGAUAAUGACGUUGCAUGCAUCAUUUGUGCUGAUGGUGGAAAUCUUUUGCUUUGUAAUGGAUGCCCAAGGGCGUUUCAUAAAGAAUGUGCUUCUCUGCCAACAAUUCCUCAUGGUCGCUGGUACUGCAAAUAUUGCCAGAACAUGUUUAUGAGAGAAAAAUGUGCAGAGCAUAAUGCUAAUGCUGCUGCUGCUGGAAGGAUUUUAGGAGUUGAUGCUAUAGAACAAAUAACCCGCAGAUGCAUUCGAAUUGUGAAAAACAUUGAGGCAGAACUUAGUGGAUGCGCAUUAUGCAGGGCAUGUGAUUUUAGCAAAUCAGGAUUUGGUCCUCGGACAGUUAUACUUUGUGAUCAGUGUGAGAAAGAAUAUCAUAUUGGCUGUUUGAGGACUCAUAAAAUGGCUGAUCUAAGGGAAAUACCGAAAGGGAAGUGGUUUUGCUGCUCAGAUUGUGGUAGGAUCCAUUCUACACUGCAGAAGUUGCUCAUUCAUGGAGCUGAAAGGCUCCCUGACUCCCUUUUGGAUGUAUUAAAGAAGAAAUAUGUGGAAAAAGGUUUAGAUGCUGAUAUCAAUAUUGAUGUGAGAUGGAGGCUUCUCAGCGGCAAAUUCGCUUCUCCUGAAACUAGAUUGUUGCUUUCUCAAGCAGUUGGUAUCUUCCAUGAAUGUUUCAACCCCAUAGUUGAUGCAGCAACUGGGAGGGACCUUAUCCCAUGCAUGGUUUAUGGAAGGAACUUAAAAGGCCAAGAAUAUGGAGGAAUGUAUUGUGCUGUAUUGACAAUUAACUCAUUCGUUGUAUCAGCUGGAAUAAUUCGAGUUUUUGGGCAAGAAAUUGCUGAAAUUCCUUUAGUUGCUACAAGCAUGGCUAACCAUGGAAAGGGAUACUUCCAGCUGUUAUUCUCUUGUAUUGAAAAGCUGUUGGCAUUCUUGAAUGUAAAAAAUAUCGUUCUCCCAGCUGCCGAAGAAGCUGAAUCAAUCUGGACAGAUAAAUUCGGUUUCAAGAAGUUAAGACCUGACCAGCUCAGUGAAUAUAGAAAAUCAUGCUGCCAGAUGGUUAUUUUCCAAGGAACUUCAAUGCUACAGAAAGAAGUUCCAACCGAUCAACUCGUUAGCAGCAUCGAGCGCACAGAAUUAUACAAACAUAUGAACCAAGGAAGAUCUUAUUUUCUAGAGUGAAGAUGAUAAAGAAGUGGAGCUCAAUUUGUGAACUGAACCAAAUGCUGUUAAAAUAUCCAUUACAGUUCCCUACUAUUGCGAAACAGCCCAGCCACAUACAAGAACUUGAAUUCUUUAGCAUAAUGAAUUUGAAGCAAAACCAUGCAUUUAUUUGCGUUAGCACAUAGCACCAAAAUCUCUGGUUUAUAUCUGAUAUGUGGCCCUAAGUACCUUUUGUCUUUGAUGACUUGUCAUAAUUAGGGAUGGCAACCCGGCAGGGUGAGUUGUUUUUAGGUUCGGCCUGACUCAACUCGGUUUUGCCUGUUUAGUGCUUUAGCAUUUGAUUCUGACCUCGACUCCUUCCUCGAUCUUGCAUCUUGCCUUGAUCUGUAUUGUCAAGUUUGAAAUUUUACAUUAAAGUUUUGAUAUUAUAUUAAUGGUUAAAAUAUGCCACAAGUUCUUAUA